GAGUCGGAGCGUUUUCACAUCGAGGUUGUGCUGAGAGAGAUCGAAGACGACGGGGAAGUAGAGACGACGUAAAUACAUUUUUUUUUUAAUUCAAGCAAACAAACAAACAAACAAACAAACAAACAAACGCAUCCAGCGGCAUCACAUUAACGCACGGAGCGGAACACACCGCGCAUCGGAGACACCCGGCGUCGGAUGGAGGACUGGGUGAGCCAACACCUUACUUCAGUUUUAUAGACAUCUGCGUUUCUGAAGCACCUGAGAUCUCCCUACAGACCCUCAGCAUGGAAAGAGCUGCCAUUUUCACUCCACUGCUCUGCAUCUGGCUCCUUCUGAUUACAUGUCACUGUUCCCUGGCAUCGACAUUCUGCCCGGCACAGUGUGUUUGUGAAACACGGCCAUGGUACACCCCUCAGUCUGUCUACCAUCAGGCCAAGACUGUGGACUGUAACGAACUCCAUCUAAGUACUAUUCCACGAAACAUAUCUUCUGACACUCAGGUGCUGCUUCUCCAGAGCAACAACAUCUCCGUGGUGACUUCAGAAUUGCGGACUCUUGUCAAUCUCACUGAGUUGGACCUCUCUCAGAACCACUUCACACAAAUCCAAGAUGCUGGUCUGGGCAACUUAACCCAACUGGUCACCCUUUACUUGGAGGAAAAUCAAAUUAAAGAACUGCCUGAUUUCUGCAUGAAAGAUUUAGUCAGCUUGGAGGAGCUUUAUAUAAACCACAACCAGAUCUCCUCAAUUGGCCCACAUGCCUUUUCUGGUUUAGGGAACCUGCUUAGGCUGCAUCUAAACUCAAAUAAAUUGGUGGCUAUUGAUAGUCAAUGGUUUGAAUCCCUUCCAAAUCUGGAGAUCCUUAUGAUAGGUGAGAACCCCAUACUUGGUUUGGAAGACAUGAACUUUCGUCCUCUUUCUAAACUACACAGUUUGGUACUAGCUGGCAUGGGCCUCAGGGAAAUACCUUCUGGAGCUUUUCAAGGACUGGAAUACCUAGAAAGUCUCUCAUUUUUCGAUAAUAAACUGACAGAAGUGCCCAGAGACGCACUGCGUGCUCUGCCGAACCUGAAGUUCCUCGACCUCAACAAGAAUCCUAUUGUGGUUGUUCAGGCAGGUGAUUUCCGGGACUUUGCCCACUUGGAGGAGCUUAGCAUGAACAACAUGGACGAUCUUGUGGCUGUGGAAAGAAAUGCAUUUUCUAACCUCCCGCAGAUGGCCAAGUUGGAGGUCUACAACAACCCUCGUCUUUCCUAUGUUGACCGCGAGGCAUUCCGCGGCAUGGCCAGCUUGCGCACUUUGCUGUUCCACAACAAUGACCUCACUCUCCUUCCACAUGAGGUUUUGGCUUCCUUUCCCAACCUGGAUGAGGUCAGCCUCCAUAGUAACCCCCUCAGGUGUGAUUGCCUCUCGAUAUGGGGCCCAGUCUUUAGUAACCAGUCAAGUCUCAAGCUUCUGGAAUCCAAGAUCACUAUGUGUGCCUCUCCUCCAAACCUGGCAGGGCACUCUCUCCAGGAGGUGGUGUCAAAUACUUGGGACUCGGCAAGUAACACCUGCCUGCCAGUUAUCUCCUUGAACAUUUUGCCUCUCAAGCUCAAUGUUACAGCCGGUCAGCCCCUGACACUUAACUGCCGUGCUGUAGGUGACCCUGUUCCUCAGUUUUACUGGGUAACCCCAACAGGUGAUAAAGUCACUUCAGAAGUUGUAUCCCCAGCGCUGAAUGAGGGUAACAAUGGCAUGAAAAAGCACAGGUUGCAGGACCAAGGUGCUUUGGAGAUCCUCAAUGUUGAACCAGGGGACACUGGUUUAUAUACCUGUGUGGCAUGGAAUACAGAAGGUGCGGACACUCGAAGUGUCUCUGUGCUUGUAGACAAGAGUAAUUGGCAUGAUGACCAGCAUAACGCCAACCAGCAAGGUGAACGGAACACCACUGGAGCCCUGGUUAUCCUUGCCAAAGUCAUCCAUGCACAAUCUGUCGUACUAGAAUGGAAAGUUUACCCAACUACCCAUGUCGCCAGCCAUGAGAUUCCUCAACCCAAGUGGCUCAGUGCCACUAUGAGAAUCAACAACCCUCACAUUAGCUACACGGCAAAGGUCCCGGUGGACGUUCAAGAAUACAACCUCACGCACCUAUUACCCUCAACUGAGUACCAAGUCUGCCUGACCAUGGCGUCGACAGAGCAGCAAACUCAGCAGUCGUGCAUCAAUAUCACCACCAAAGAAGCCAGCUUUGCUGUGGAGAUAGUCGCCCAACCGAGCAACGUUGCCUUGGCAGCGGUGAUGGGCUCCAUGUUCGCCAUCUGUAUCAUGGCGCUGCUGGUGUUUUACAUGGGAAGGCGUAUAAAGCAGAAGUCCUGCCAUCACUCGUUGAAGAAGUACAUGCAACACGCCACCUCGAUUCCCCUCAACGAGCUCUACCCACCGCUCAUCAACCUGUGGGAGAACGAGACUGAGAAAGAGAAGGAAGGGUCCGUUGACCCUCAAAUCUCACAGAUAGACACCUCAAAGAUGUACAUGUGGUAGUUCAGUAUAGGAGGUAUAGAAAUACGAAAAGGACACUUUAAACAAAGUAUGUAUGGUGCUGUAAAUAGAGGAUACUUUUACGUAGUUACUUCCUAAGAUGUCAUUGUGAAAGACGUAUUUUUUUUCUCACUGCAAAGAUGCGAGAAAGUGGAAAGCACACACCCUCUGUAUCCAUUCCAAUGUUUGUUACCUGCACUGAAUUCACAAACGUAAUCUGCCAGCUGUUGUGAAAAUCGCUGUUACCUGCAACUAAUUAGCUGUCAAGCAUAAUUAAUAAUUGCUACAGCAACAACGCAGCUACUGUAUACUAUUAUGUAUUCACUUUUUAGUUUUGGAUCUCACUUCUGAAUGCAGAUCUUUUUAAUAUUACUGAUUACAUUUUGUUUUUCACCUUAAUUAUGAGGUCUCACAUGAAA